AUGAUUUUGCAUUUCAGGUAGGGGGUGUGCACACCAUUUGUGGCCUCGGCUGUCAAUCACUGGGUUCUAGUUGCUUCUGCACACUGCUUUGUAUUGCUCUGCACAGCAGAGCAAUACAAAGCAGUGUGCUUACAGUGUAAAGCACACACAGCACACUGUUAACCCUUUGAUUACCCCAGAUGUUAACCCCUUCCUGCCCAGUGUCAUUAGUACAGUGUCCGUGCAUUUUUUUAGCACUGAUCACUCUAUUGGUGUCACUGGGGAUGUCACUGACAGUCAGUUCCCCCCAGUGUCAGAAUGCCCGCCGCAGUCCU